AACCUGGCCCUGACCCGGCCGCGGGGUUACAGGUCGUUGGUGCUCUGUAUUUAUUGUAAGCGCAGCGAAUAGGGCCUCCAGCGGCCUGAGCGCACGUGGUGGUGCAGUGGAGAGCCGGCUGGGCCCUCCCCAGCUCCAGGCUCCUCCCCGGCGGGGUCAGAGCCAGACUUGCUGCGGCGUCCGGGCCCCGCGUAAUUACAGGGGCUGUAGCAGGCCUGGCCGUAAAAUAGGAGGAUGAAACGGCCUGGGAACCGGGAGCUGACACCCGCCCGCCAAGCCCUCUCCAGACGGCAGCAGAUCCUGGCGGGGAGAAAAGCCCCGAGAGGCAAAUUCCAGCGGGUCCGCGCGCGGAGCAGCAAAGCCGGGUCCCGUACCCCCGCGUUCGCAGACUCGCACUUGCGAGUUCUUCCCUUCUCCCGCACGCGACUGCGCCCAGGGACGCAAGCCCACCACCCGGACAGGCUUACAAAGCUCCACGCAGACCCACAAGUGAGCGAACACACAGCUCUGAGCAGAUCUGCCCGGGCAGAGGAGCGCGCUUCGCUCUUUCCUGCACCCCUAGCCUCCUCGCCUCCCCUGCCCGCCCCUCCUCCACCUCCCCAGCCCCCAAGCCCCGGGGCAGCCGCGCGCCGGGCGGGGCGAGGGCGGGGCGGGGUGUCGGGCGGCGCCGGCCCAAAAGGCGGAGUCGCAAGGCGAAGGGGCCAGAUCUGUGAGCCCAACGCUGACUUCGCCGCGGAGAAAGCCAGCGGGAACCCAGACACCUAGGAGCCCGGCGUCCC